AUGUCAAAAAGACAAUUUGGCUUCACACAGAACCUCUCCACGGUCGACGCAAUCCAGCACGCCCUCGACUGGUCAAAGUCGAGACACGAGAAGUAUGUCCACGCCGUCUUCCUAGACAUCUCGGGUGCCUUCGACUGCCUAUGGUGGCCACAGUUGGUGAAAGACAUGCAAUUUGCGGGUUGCACUAGCGAACUGAUCGAACUUACAAAGAGUUACCUCGAGGGUCGCCAAACGGAGAUGAAAAUUGGCGACCAAGUCUUUAACAGACAUCUUUCCAAAGGCUGCCCCCAGGGGAGCGAGUACGGACCGGACCUAUGGAAGUAUGCGGUGAACCCGCUGCUAUCGGAAGAGCUGCCGAGAGGUACCGAACUGAUCGCGUAUGCGGACGAUCUUGCUAUUCUCAUCUCAGGAAUGAAUCGAACCGAACUGACUGAGAGGACAAACGCCCUCCUCGCAAGAGCUUCGACUUGGGCGAGCCAGCGAAAACUGACCUUCUCCGCGGCCAAGUCGCAGAUCUUCUGGUUUAAAGGCUCGCUCUCUAAGCCACUUGUCCUGCGGCUUGGGGAGGCUCGAAUAAAACCCACCGAGUCGGCGAAAUACCUCGGUGUUACGUUCGACAGAGGCGGAAAAUUCAGCCACCACCUGGCGGAGAAAGCUAAAUCCACGCAAGCCCUCUUUGGCAGACUGCACGGCGUCGCUAAGACCAAAUGGGGGCUCAAACAGGGUGCACCUCUGCGAAUAUACAAAUCGGUGUUUCUGCCGCAGAUGAGUUACGCGGCCUCGGUGUGGGUCUCGGGCUGCAUGUCCCUGGCCAAGCACCGGAGCAGGGCGAACUCUGCACAGAGACUCCCGCUUCGAGCGAUAACCGGAGCUUAUAAGACCACGUCCACAGUGUAA